UAUAAAUUAAUUAAUUUGAUCUUGUUCAUUAACAAAUCUCAAUUGUGAUUUUUAAAAACCAUAUAUAGGGGAAUGAAAAAAAUUUACUUUUCUUUGUUAGUUGGUAAUUAAUCACGUAUUUUCCUUAGGAGUUUAGACGACAUUGACUGGAUUAGAAACCAAGCAAACACUACUACACGUUGAUUUCUGUGGCGGCGUGUUCUUUUUUCUCACGUGGAAUGGAAUUUCCUUGUCACGUAUACUCGUUCGAACCCAUUCUAUUUUCCAACUUCAGACAACUUCUUACUUCUUGGCAUGAAACUUCUUGGCAUGUAGAGUAGUAAUAUACCUUUGCAAGUUUACAUAAAGAAGCUGCUAUUUGAGCCUAAUUUUUUUAUAUUUUGCGAGCGUAAGGAAUUAUACAUGCCCUCUAUCUUCUUCUACUUCCUCUUCUUCCUGUUUUCUAUACUAGAUAUUUCACAAUUGAUAUGGAGGAGUUGUGCUGCUCCGCAGUUUCUGCAGUUUUAUGCAUCCUCUUCUGUGUGAUUUUCAAUUUCUUAUUUGCAGUGGUUGGUGCAGAAAUGGGGGCCAUGAUUGGAGCUUUGAUUGCCAUAAAAACAAAGAGCAGCGUGUUCCAUGGGACCGCGGUUGGAGCGAUCAAGGGUGGCAUUUUCUCCAUUGAGCUUUUCAGAAUUAUACUUGAUCUAUGGAAUUCUAAUAUUAGUAGUUCAAGGUUUUUCCUCUCCUUGAUUGACAUAAUCGCAAAACUUUUGAGUGGAAGACCCGUUGCAGAACCAUCUACACCAACCUUGCCAAGCGCAGUGCAAAUGCAAAGACAGAAUGUGACUGAUCAGGUACAUGCUUCCAUUACAACUUCUGAGGAGGUCCCAAUGAGAACCACCAUGGGGUUAUCAAUAUAUUCAGAUGAGAAGAUCCCCAGGUUCCAAAUGACAUACAGACACAUCUUAGAUUCCUCAGGGAAUGGAAUAUCCUGCUCAAUUUGCCUUCAGCACUUUCAGCUAGAGGAAAUGGCUCGUAGCAUGCCGCCUUGUUACCACAUUUUUCAUUUGCAAUGCAUAGAUAAGUGGCUUGUGGGGCAUAGCUCUUGCCCACUGUGCAGAGGGGAAAUAUAACUUACACCAAUUGAUAAUUGCACAAUAUUCACAUUCAACUUUGGUUCAAGUCAGCAAGGACAAAAAUAUUGAUAUAAUAUAUGAGCACUUUACUGGAAGCUUGCACGUUUCUUCUGUAUUGAUUCUCACGUGUUUCAAAGAACUACGAGUCAACAAACACAAGUUAUUAUGUACAAUAGAGUCAGUCGCUUAUGGGUUCUCAAAUCAAAGAAAAAUCUCACACGUCACAGCAGAAACUAGACAGAGAUUGAGAUGAAGAUGGGGUAACAUGAGCCCUGUCGUGAAAAAAUCAAAGGGACACUAUGGUGGAGAAGUUCACCAGGGAAGAUGAAGCACUGUUCAUGCCAAUUCAAGUGACUGGAAUGAGGUUGAUGAAGAACGAAACAUGCACAACCAAAGACUUUCAGCAGGGAAUAAUUUUGAAUUGAGGCAUAUUAUGGACGCUCAUACGAAUGAAUUCAUAUCAAGAAUAGAUGAAGGGGUGCAAUUCAUGGUAUACACUGCACUCACUGCAGUUAGGGACAGUUCGCCCCAGAUGUGCAGAGCAUGAACAUAAUCAAGUCUUUGUUGAUGCUUAAGCUCGGCUCAACCAUUUUGCUGGGAUGUAUCAAGACCAACUUAAUGAGACAAGGUCCUAUAAGCAUCGAAGAGAUUAACAAAUCAAUUUCUUUGUAUUUCAUGGCAAUAUUAGAAUGAAAGAUUUUGACUGAGUUAGAAAAAUGUGUAUCAACCAGUUUUGUAAAAAUUUUAUAAGUAUCAUGAAUUUCAUAUU